CAAAUAUCUGUAGGUAUUUGGGAAACUUCCUAGAUACCCACUACCCAGGCAUUUGGGAAAUUCCUCCAUAGUUGUAAUCAAUACAAUUACUUUGAUGCUAAAACAAUACCAAAUGUACAAACAUGGUAUUGGAAGCCAUGCUUGUGAUCAAUGUGAAUAUGUUGGCCCUGAAUUACAACAUCUAAAACAACACAAGAGUUUAUACAAGUGUAAGAGCAAUUAGAGGAAGACUAAACGAAUAAUGUGAAUUUUGUGAAAGUAGUAAAAGAGGAAUUCAUUAAGCAAGAAGUUCAUUUGAAUUAAAUCUGAACCUGGCAUCUACAGAGAGUGUGCCUACUGCCUCGUUUAUUAAAAAAGAUUUUAUUUAUUUUUAGAGACAAUGAUAAGUACGCAAUGAAUUUGAGGAAGGUUUUCUAGAUUUCUUGUAUCAGUUCCAUGAAGUAGCUCUACAAUUACAGAAGAGAAUGUCUGAAAUCAACCUGAUGAAACAAAAGGAAGGAGAGGAGCAGAAGGUUAUUGUUAAUGAGCUCAAUGCUGUUCAAUUUAGUAUGGACUCCAAUAACAUGCUUAAAGAUCAAACUGUCAAAACUGACAUGAUGAUUAGUUAUAUCAAAGAAGAACCUGGAGCUAAAACUGAAGAAGAUGAAAGUGCAAAUCACCAGAAUCCUAGAGAAGAGAACCUGGAGGAGUGUAAGGAGAUAAAGAUGGAAUCAGAGUAUCCAGAUACAUCUAAAUGUAAAGAAGGAGAACAACAGAUUGUAGAAGAUUUCAAGCUGGACCAACAUGGUAUUGGAGGGCAUCCUUGUGAUCAAUGUGAAUACGUUGGCUCUAGGAUACAACAUCUAGAACAACACAAGUGGGACCAACAUGGUAUUGGAGGGCAUCCUUGUGAUCAAUGUGAAUACGUUGGUGCUGAGUUAAAACAUCUGGAACAACACAAGCUGGACAAACAUGGUAUUGGAGGGCAUCCUUGUGAUCAAUGUGGAUACGUUGGUGCCGAGUUGAAACAUCUGGAACAACACAAGCGGGACAAACAUGGUACUGGAGUGGAUCCUUGCGAUGAAUAUAAUUAUGUUGGAGCUGAGUUAUAUAAACCAAACUAUAGCAUUGGCUGGUAUCCUUAUCGUUUACGUAAUCUUUUGGGCGCUAUUCAGAAAAUGCUGAAGAUAUACAGAGGGCAUGAGUGUAAUCAAUGCAAUUACAUUGGGGCUGAGUUACAAGAUCUAAAACAACACCAGCUGGACAAACAUGGUAUUGGUGGGCAUCAAUGCAAUCAAUGUGGAUAUGUUGGCUCUAAGUUUCAACUUCUUGGUCAUUAUAAGAGUGCACACAAGUUCGAGAACAAGAGGAAGGAUAUGGAUCAGACUGGAGUCCAUGCUAAGAGGAUAAAGGAGGAUGUAGAGAAUAUUGUGAAACUAGAGAAACAAGAAGGAUUUAUUAAACAAGAAGUUUAUGUAAAAUCUGAACCUGACAUCUAAGGAGGUAAAAAAUAAAGAUGUUUUUUAUGUUUUAGA